GCAGAGCUCCACCAAUAGGAAGCGGACAGGAGAUCCUUCCUGCAGAACUGUCGUGGCCGCAGAGUGGCAGCUUCAGAAAUGUUUUAUAAACUUUUGAUAGUUGUUUUCCUCGCUGUUAAUUUACAUGGCACGCCAUCAAAUGGGCAGAAAAAGAAGGAGACCCUGCUGUCAGAGAAGGUCAGUCAGAUGAUGGAGUGGGCCAGUAAGCGUGCAGUGAUCCGACUGAAUGGAGAAAAGUUCAGGAGGCUGAUCCGAGCUCCUCCACGCAACUACUCCGUCGUUAUCAUGUUCACAGCUCUGCAGCCACAGAGACAGUGUGCUGUCUGCAAACAGGCAGAUGAAGAGUACCAGAUCCUUGCGAAUUCUUGGCGUUAUUCGAGUGCAUUUACUAACCGCAUUUUCUUUGCAAUGGUGGAUUUUGAUGAAGGCUCAGAUGUUUUCCAGAUGCUCAAUAUGAACUCGGCUCCGACAUUCAUCAACUUCCCGGCCAAAGGCAAACCCAAGCGAGCGGACACAUACGAGCUACAGGUCCGAGGCUUCGCAGCCGAGCAGUUGGCCCGAUGGGUGGCGGACCGAACAGAUGUCCAUAUUCGGGUGAUCAGGCCUCCGAACUACGCUGGGCCACUGAUGCUGGGUUUGCUGCUGGCAUUCAUCGGCAGUCUGGCUUACUUGCGCCGAAACAACCUGGAGUUCCUGUUCAAUAAGAACGUCUGGGCUUUCUCUGCACUGUGUUUUGUUUUAAUCAUGACAUCGGGUCAAAUGUGGAACCACAUCCGAGGACCUCCAUACGCUCACAAGAACCCAAACACUGGCCAAGUGAGUUACAUCCACGGCAGCAGUCAGGCUCAAUUUGUGGCAGAGACUCACAUUGUUCUUCUCUUCAAUGCUGCGGUGACUCUGGGAAUGGUGCUGCUUCAUGAGGCUGCGACCUCUGACCUGGAUGUCGGGAAGAGGAAAAUCAUGUGUGUGGCAGGAAUCGGGCUGGUGGUGCUGUUCUUCAGUUGGCUGCUGUCAGUCUUUAGGGCCAAAUAUCACGGAUAUCCUUACAGCUUCCUGUUUGGCUAAAUGAGGACCGUUGGAGGAGCUGUGGCAAAUAUUAAUGCGCAAAGUGCCUUAAUGUUUAAAAUGAGUUAUUGAUUUGGUAAAGUUCUGCUUGACCCUGUAUGUGCCUUCUUGCUUUUUUUUAUAUUGCGGAUUACAUUUUAAAGUUUUUACUGAAAGUUUGUUAAAUUCAUUGGAUUUAUCUCCCUGAGUGGUCUAGUCUAGGGUAACGUGGUGUGGGUUACGUGCGAACACAGAGGGUAAACUCAAGCAGAUGCGCUGUAUGGCAUCGCUUGCCAAUGAGGUUUUAUUGCUAAUCAAAUGUACAGUUUUAUAUUGAAUUUGGUUGGGUCAAAAUGCGUAGAUUUGGAAGAUGCACAAAGGCAAGCAAGGUGUUUUCAAUUCUACCUCAUGAAUGUGCAUAUCAAGUGUCCAAAGUCAACUCAAAGUGAUUCUGAGGUUUCUGAGGUAGUUCAUGAGAUGAGGAAACCUCGGGGUGAAUGAAAGUGUCUUAAAUGCGGAGAGUGUUUGUCCUGCCUCAGGUGAUGAUUUAUGCCAUUAAAAGUGCCUUGAUUGCUCGUUGCAUUGUAUUUCUUUUGAUUGAUUACUCUUCGAGUUGUAUAUCUCAUGCUUUGAGUCACUCGGUUGGUCUCUUCAAAUUGAAAUAAUACAAUAAAAGUAAUUAUUGGUUUUUGGCAGUUUGGGAGAUUGUACCCUGCUGCCUACUAAUACUGCAGUAUUCCUAUUACUAAAUGACUAUUUCUGUAUUACGAAUAUUGUGCACAUUUUUUAAAACAUGGUACAGCUGCCAAAAAUUUUAGUAUACGACAGCUGUCUGCGUUGAAUACUAUAUCCCACAAUGCAACCUGCUCAACUUGACCUUCUAUUCCUGUGUGAUAAAUAAUCUGGAUGUGGACACAUCGUUUGAUCAGACUGCUAAAGUUAAAGAUAAAAAUGUAAAAAGAUAACCAAAACAUGAUUGACUUGAGCUGAUUCAACCAAUGGUGUGAGUUUGGGGUUGUGUUUCCUGUUGAACCGACUAAUUGCAGAUGAGGGGUGUGUUAGAAAACGUAAUUAUAUGUAAAUAAGAGGUUUAAAAAAAUAAUUCUUCUUCUUGCACUUGUAUGUGGUUUAUAUUGUGUAUACACAGAACUCUUUUAAUAAAUAUGCAAAAUAACCGCAUUUACUUCUGA